AUGGGAUUCAAGCAAAGUCACUAUGACUAUUCACUAUUUACAAAGCUAGUUGGUGAUGACACUGUAGAAAUAUUAGUGUAUGUUAAUGACUUGCUUAUCACUGGAAACAAUCAGCAGCUACUAUGUGAUACAAGACUGGAUAUUCAAAAGAAGUUCAAAAUGAAAAAUCUGGGAGAACUAAAGUUCUUUCUAGGCAUUGAAGUGUCCAGGUCUAAUAAAGCUAAAUAUGAUGAGCAUAUCAACAAUGAAUUAGCUGAAGAUGAUAAUAUUUUAGCUGAUCCUGCUAAAUAUCAGAGACUGAUAGGAAGACUUUUGUAUCUUACCAUGACCAGACCUGUGCAUUCUCAGUGCAACUCUAAGGGUAGUCAGGAAACCAGGAGGUCAGUUACAGGAUAUAUAGUAAGAUUCGGAAGAGGGCUUAUUUCUGGGAAAUCAAAGAAGCAAGAGACAGUGUCAAGAAGUUCAGCAAAAGCAGAGUUUAGAAGCAUGACAGCAUGUGCUGCUGAAAUAACCUAG